GAAAAGCAUGGAAGAUGAAAUUGAAUCAAUUCUGCAAGAGCGAAUAAUGAUUCUGGAUGGAGGCAUGGGUACCAUGAUCCAGCAACAUGCCCUGUCAGAAGAGGAUUUCCGAGGGCAUGAAUUUAAAGAUCAUUCCAGGUCUUUGAAAGGCAAUAAUGACCUUCUCAGUAUAACUCAACCUGAUAUAAUUUGUGACAUACACAAGGAAUACUUGCUGUCAGGUGCUGACAUCAUUGAAACUAACACUUUCAGCAGCACUCGAGUUGCACAAGCUGACUAUGGACUUGAACAUUUGGCGUAUCGGUUAAACAGAGUCUCUGCACAGGUGGCCAGAAAAGCAGCAGAUGAUGUAACUGCUCAGACAGGAAUUAGGAGAUACGUUGCUGGAGCCAUGGGUCCAACAAACAGGACACUGUCUGUGUCACCAUCUGUGGAGAGACCAGAUUACAGGAACAUAACGUUUGAUGAACUGGUUGAAGCUUAUAAGGAGCAAGCCAAAGGGCUUUUGGAUGGAGGAGUUGAUAUCUUGUUAGUGGAAACCAUAUUUGAUACAGCCAAUGCCAAGGCAGCUCUUUUUGCACUCCAGAUGUUGUUUGAGAAGGAGUAUGCCCCCCGACCCAUAUUUGUUUCUGGAACCAUUGUGGAUAAGAGUGGACGUACCCUCUCAGGCCAGACAGGAGAGGCAUUUGUCAUCAGUGUUUCCCACAGUAAGCCCCUUUGUAUCGGCUUAAAUUGUGCUUUAGGGGCAGUUGAAAUGCGACCAUUCAUUGAAGCAAUUGGAAAAUGUACAACAGCCUACAUCAUCUGUUACCCCAAUGCAGGUCUUCCCAAUACUUUUGGUGGUUAUGAUGAAACUCCAGAAGUGACUGCCAAGCAUCUAAAGGAUUUUGCUUUGGAUGGUUUGGUCAACAUAGUUGGAGGUUGCUGUGGUACUACACCAGCACACAUCAGGGAAAUUGCUCAAGCUGUGAAAUUCUGUAAGCCUCGAGUUCCACCGUUUCUCUCUCAAGGAUACAUGCUGCUGUCAGGUCUGGAGCCAUUCAGGAUUGGGCCGUACACCAACUUUGUUAAUAUUGGUGAACGCUGCAAUGUUGCAGGAUCACGGAAGUUUGCUAAACUCAUAAUGGCAGGCAACUACGAAGAAGCCCUGAGUGUAGCCAAAUUGCAAGUUGAGAUGGGGGCCCAAGUUCUUGAUAUCAACAUGGAUGAUGGAAUGCUGGAUGGCCCUGCUGCAAUGACCAGAUUUUGUAAUUUAAUUUCUUCAGAACCUGAUAUUGCAAAGGUGCCAUUAUGCAUUGACUCUUCAAAUUUUUCAGUGAUUGAAGCAGGUUUGAAAUGUUGCCAAGGGAAAUGCAUUGUAAACAGCAUCAGUCUGAAGGAAGGUGAGGAAGACUUUUUGAAGAAGGCAAGGAAAAUUAAGUUGUAUGGAGCAGCUGUGGUUGUCAUGGCUUUUGAUGAAAUAGGGCAGGCAACAGAAACUGAAAACAAGAUUGCAAUCUGUUCCAGAGCUUAUCACCUCCUUGUGGAAAAAGUGCACUUUAAUCCAAAUGAUAUAAUAUUCGACCCUAAUAUUUUGACCAUAGGAACUGGAAUGGAAGAACAUAACCUUUAUGCCAUUAAUUUUAUAAAUGCUACUAAAACCAUAAAAGAAACACUGCCAGGAGCCAGGAUAAGUGGAGGUCUUUCCAAUCUGUCUUUCUCCUUUCGAGGAAUGGAUGCCAUUCGAGAAGCAAUGCAUGGGGUGUUCCUUUACCAUGCAAUUAAGAAUCAUGCCCAAGGAGGAAAAAAAGUUGUACAGACUGAUGAGUGGCGGAAAAGCUCUGUGGAGGAAAGGCUGGAAUAUGCUCUCAUAAAGGGCAUUGAGAAGUAUGUCAUUGCAGAUACAGAAGAAGCAAGAUUAAAUCAAGAGAAAUAUCCUAGACCUCUAAAUGUAAUUGAAGGGCCUUUGAUGAACGGCAUGAAAAUUGUUGGUGAUCUUUUUGGUGCUGGAAAGAUGUUUCUGCCUCAGGUGAUAAAGUCUGCUCGAGUUAUGAAGAAGGCAGUUGGUCACCUUAUUCCCUAUAUGGAAACAGAAAGAGAGGAAAGGAGAGCCCAAAGAGGUGGCACAGAGGAAGAGGAUCCUUACCAUGGUACAAUAGUGCUAGCAACUGUGAAAGGAGAUGUACAUGAUAUUGGCAAGAACAUUGUGGGAGUCGUUCUGGGCUGCAACAACUUCAGAGUUAUUGAUUUAGGAGUCAUGACUCCAUGUGAUAAGAUACUGAGAGCUGCUGUUGAGAACAAAGCAGAUAUAAUUGGCCUGUCUGGUCUCAUCACCCCAUCUUUGGAUGAAAUGAUUUUUGUCGCCAAGGAAAUGGAGAGACUGGCAAUAAAGAUUCCUUUGCUGAUUGGAGGAGCAACUACUUCUAAAACACACACAGCUGUUAAAAUUGCCCCACGAUAUAGUGCACCUGUAAUUCAUGUCCUGGAUGCAUCCAAGAGUGUUGUGGUUUGCUCCCAGCUCUUAGAUGAAAAUGUAAAGGAUGAUUUCUUUGAAGAAAUACUAGAGGAAUAUGAAGAAAUUAGACAAGAGCACUACGAGUCUCUGAAGGAAAGAAGAUAUUUGUCUUUACAACAAGCUAGAAGAAAAGGUUUCCAUGUUGACUGGUUAUCAGGCCAUAAACCAGUUACACCAAAAUUCAUCGGCACAAAAGUCUUUGAAGAUUAUGACCUGAAGAGGCUGGUAGAAUACAUUGAUUGGAAGCCUUUCUUUGAUGUCUGGCAACUUAGGGGAAAGUAUCCCAACCGAGGUUUCCCUAAAGUCUUUAAUGAUAAAACUGUAGGCGAAGAAGCAAAGAGAGUUUAUAAUGAUGCUCAAAAUCUACUGGAAAAGUUGAUUAAUCAAAAGAGAUUACAAGCCAGAGGUGUGGUUGGGUUCUGGCCAGCUCGAAGUGUCCAAGAUGAUAUCCAUUUGUAUGCUGCAGAAGAGGCAGUGGGAUCUUUGGAACCAAUAGCAAAAUUUUAUGGCUUGAGGCAACAGGCUGAAAAGGACUCUGCCUGCACAGAUCCAUAUUACUGCCUCUCUGACUUCAUAGCACCGCUGGAUUCUGGCAUUUGUGACUACUUAGGCCUUUUUGCUGUGGCCUGCUUUGGUGUAGAUGAGUUAUGCAGUGAAUUCAGGAAACAGGAUGAUGAAUACAACAUCAUAAUGGUAAAGGCUCUUGGUGAUCGAUUGGCAGAGGCAUUUGCUGAGGAGCUCCAUGCAAGGGUACGAAGGGAAUUCUGGGCUUACUGUAGUACUGAGCAGCUGGAUCUCUCUGACCUACGCAGAAUUAAAUACGAGGGAAUUCGCCCUGCCCCUGGAUAUCCAAGCCAGCCUGACCACACAGAAAAACUCACCAUGUGGAAACUUGCAGACAUUGAGAAAACAACAGGAAUUGGUUUGACUGAAUCACUAGCAAUGAUUCCUGCUUCUGCAGUUUCUGGACUCUACUUUUCCCAUCCCAAAUCCAAAUACUUUGCUGUUGGCAAGAUAUGUAAAGAUCAGGUUGAAGAUUAUGCACUGAGAAAAAAUUUGUCUGUAGCAGAGGUGGAGAAAUGGCUGGGACCCAUUUUGGGAUAUGAUACUGAAUAACUGUGACACUUGUGGACGAAAGUUUUCCUUUGAUGGUCUGUUUGUCAGAAGGAACAAGAAGUACAUUCCCGCUGAAAACAGCUUUCUUCCAUCCAUCCCAAUAGCUUGUCUGGUUGUUUUAAUUUUUUAUCAAGGAACUUAGUAUUUCAAAUGUGCCCUGUGCUGUUGCCUUGGGACCAUGAAUGCAUUGCAGAGCUCUUAGUCAUAGCGAUGUACUUUUAUUUAUUUGUAUUCUUUGCACAAAUACUCCACCUGAGCAGCUAUAUGUAGGGCAAAAUGUGGAAGCUGCAAAACUCUCUUGUCCUCAGGCAGGCUUUGAAAGCAGGAGCAAAAAUUUCUACUUCAUAUAGAUACAUGGAUCCAUAUAGAACAAAAUUUGACUUCUGAUAUUUUAAUGUCUCUUGGCAAGUCCAGGUGCAGAAAUAUGACGUGAUUUUUGUGUAAAGUCUGUGAAGGUUUUAUACUGAGUGAUGAGAACAAAUGAGUAACAUCUUUUUGAAAAUCUGUCUACUCCAUGUUUAGGUCUUGUGGUUGGGAACAGAGGUGGUUGGUCUUUCUGAAUAAUAUCAGACUUUAAAUUACUUUGUGAUUGUGAUUGUAAUUAAAACUAUCAAAAUAAUACAGUGUGCCGGAACAACUCCAGAGAUGCUGUAUUAUGAUCAACUGUGGAAUGAAACAGAGCCCAUGAAGUUGUCCACCUCAUGCUUCCUUUUUCUUUCCACAAGUCCUCUUUCUUUCCACAAGCCACAAUCUGUUUCUGAUCUGUAUUAAGGGUAAUUGCACUUCCUACCUUACAGUUAUGUUGUGAGACUUAAUUCAUAUUUAAACAGUCUUUUGUAUGUGAAAAAUAUCAGAGAGGCAUAAUUGUUACUACAGACAGACAGAAAGCUUGGAGCCAACUUCAGUAUCACAAACUCUAAGCUUCUGGGUACCUGGAUUUUAGAAGCAAAUAGCAGCAAUACUGUAAGUAACAGUUAAUACUGUAGGCUUAUUCAUAAGCUUUACCUCUGAGCUAGCUGAUUGUUCAUAGCUUUUAAUAAUCUCUGAAAAGUGCCUCAGAUACUAUUUAAACAUGAAUUUAGUAAAAUAUUAUGACAAACCCUCCUCAUUUUCCUGAUCUCUAAUUGUAAGGAAAAGACCAAUAUUAUAAAAAGAAUGUUCUUUUAAAUAGUUUAUCUGUAAUCUAUUAAUAGUUAUAAUUUUUCUAAUGUCUUUAUCUGACACUAAAAGAAUCAUCUUGUAUCAAUAGAUUAAGAAAGGUUCAGCUGUCAAUGGUGUUAUCCUAUUAGAAUUCUUUAAAUGGCAACAAUAAAAUGUGUUCAAUAGUCUGAAUGGAUAAUGUCAAAAUUAUUCUGCACAUUGUACCACGAAUCUGAAAUGAUAAAGGCUGCUUUGGGGCUUUUAAAA